AUGCACUCGCCCAGCCCCGAGAAGGUCCCUCGGCGGCGCGCAAGCUCCCAGCACCUUUCGGCCGGGGCCGGACCUCCUCGGAGGCGGAAGGAAAGCCGCAAAGUUGCGAGGCUCGCAGCUCGGUUUUUUUGCGAAGAUUCUCGUCGUGCCAUGCCCGGCUCUCUGACGCUUGUCCAGAGGCUGGUCGAUCGGGUGGUUGCCGCGGACGGAGACGUGGGCGUCGGCAGCCGCAGAUCCCUUCUGGCCCUGUCGCUCAGGCUGCUGGACAGCGGCACGGGCCUCGGGCCGAUCCGCGACGAGGCGUCCGUGGCAGAAUCCGUCCGGUCCUGGGCUGCCGAGCAAGGGCGAUCUGAUCUGGCCGACCGCAUCAAUGAGCUGGUCGCAAGGCUGGCGGCAGCGGGGUUGCCGCCACCGCUCAGGGCGUCCGUGCUGUGUCUGCUGGAGGUCGUCGCCAGGCAGAAGCGGCGCGCAGCGGAGACCGCGCCAUCCAUGGACUCCGACGCUUCCCUGAGGCGGUCAUGGAUGUGGCAGGACGGCGUGGGACCCCUGCAGAAGCCGGUGUGCUACGGCAACGGGCGGGGAUCCUCGACGGGCACCGUGGCGACCGCGCAGAGCUCGAGCUCGAUGUCCUUGCAACUGCAGUGGUGCGAGGGGCCGACGUGGCAGGCCAGGGAGGGCGCCCUGGUGCGCGACGUCCUCUUCGCUGUGCAGGGCAUCGACGGGACGUUCGUGAAGUUCGACCGUCUGAGCCAGCAGGGAGGCGGCUUCGUGAUCGACCCAGGUGCAGGGAUUGACGCCGCGCCUGCUGCGCUGGCGCUCAGGCUGUGCGAGCUGGGGUGGCUGUUCCGCAAGGUGCGCGCCUUCGUGGAGGGUGGCGGGGGGCAACCGGGCGGCUCCGUUCGCCAGGCGCUGCGCCACGCCCUAAGCAAGGAGGUGGAAGACUACUACCGGCUGAUGGCCGUGCUGGAGGUGCAGACGGGGGGACACCAGGGGGGCAGGGACGUCGCCCUCAGCGGGGGGUCGUCGGAGGAGGGUGAACGCGAGGAGGCCAAGCGGAGGUCGUGCCAGUCCGAUGGGCCUUCGGGCGCGUGGGGGCGUGGUGGCGGCAUGAGCCUCAGGCGCCUGGCCGUGUGCCUCGCGGAGCCCACGCGGCGGAUGCGCACGCUGGCCGUGGUGGUGGACGGGACGCGGGACAAGUCGGGCGGCGCGUUGGCGGGGGCCGUUUUCGGGCGCUUGCUGCACGGCGCCCCUUCGUCGCGCACCUUCCUCAAGCGCAUCCUGCACUGCCUGUCCGGGCCGAUCUACGACAUGAUCAAGCAGUGGAUGUUCGAGGGGGAGUUCGUGGACCCCUACGGCGAGUUCUUCGUGGCCGGCGGACGAGGCCAGCCGGGUGACCCGUGGCGGGAUGCAUACGGCAUCAACGCCGAGAUGCUGCCGGAGUUCAUAGGCGAGCCGAUGGCGAAGAAGAUCCUGCGCGCAGGCAAGAGUGUCAACUUUUUGAGGGAGCACUGUGGGGACGGGGAGUGGGUGCAGCGGCGCGCCACGGAGGCGCGCUCGUUUGCCAGGAUGGCCGCGGGGACAAGGCGACUGGAGUGCAUGCGUGAGUUCGUGGACCGCGCGGCGUCGCUCCUGGACCGCCGCCUCGUGCGGACGAUAUUCGAGAAGUACGGGUUCUACCGGCACUGCCGCGCCAUCCGGCGCUACGUUCUCCUCGGCCAAGGGGACUUUGUGCUGGCCCUCAUGGACUUGAUCAAGCCGGAGUUGGACAAGGACGCCAGCCAUGUUUCGGAGGUGGCUCUGGUCGGGAUGCUCAAAGUGGCGGCGGCUGCCUCUUCGUCGAGGUUGGAGGAGGGGGACGACGCCUUGGAGCGGCUCCGGGUUAGGAACGAUCGUGGCGUGGGGCUGGAAGUUGGCUGGGACGUGUUUUCCCUGGAGUACGACGUGGGAAUGCCGGUUUCCGCGGUGAUCGACGCGUCCGCCAUGGCGGCCUACCAGCGCGUCUCGCGCCUGCUGUGGAAGCUCAAGCGCGCGGAGCACAACCUGUCGGAGUAUUAUGUCACGUUUGAGGUGCUGGAGGGGGCGUGGAGGCAGUUCGCAGAGGCAGCCAUCGUGGCGGGUGAUUUGGAUGAGCUCAUUGAGGCGCAUGAGGCGUACCUGGGGGACAUCUUGGCACGGUGCCUAUUGACGGAUCCCAGGGACAAGCUAAGCAGGACUUUGGAGCAGAUCUUCAAGUGCAUUUGUAGGGCGCUAGGUGCCAUUCAGAGGUUGACUGGCAACGUUGAUGCAGUGGCUCAUGCAAUCCGGGUGCGGCAAGGUAACAUGGAUUGGCGAAUAGAGAGGGGUGGGUGGGGGAUGGGGAAGGAGGAGGGGCGG